AGCAUAAUUACAUCCAGGAUGACUUCAAUAGAAGAGAAGGCACAAAACGGUCAGAUUCUUUCGGUAACUGACAUUAAAGAAGAGAUCAUAAAAAAAAAAGUUGUAGCCGUUUCCAAGGAAGAAUCUGCCACGGAAAAACAAACGUCCACUGUUAAGGAGACAAGCAUUGAGAAGAAGAAAUCUCCAAGAAAUAAAGUUUUACCCACCACAGAUUCCCAGCAACAAUUUCUCUCGAUUCCCAAUGAUGGUAAGGAGGUCGUUCGAACACCCUGCUUGAAGGAAUUUAUCAUUCAUUAG